CAGGGUGAAGUGUGGUGUGGGAGAUGGGGCAGGCCAGGUAAGGGGCACACAGCAGAGGCAGUUGUUGACUGUUGCAUGUCAGCCCCUCCUCCAACCUGGGGAAUGGUGGUUACCCUAUCAGCCAGCCCUCAGGUCUGUGGCUGCUGUUGAAUGCCAGGUCAGCUUGGAGUAAGUCCUCCCUCAUCCAUGAUCUGAUUGUGGAUGAGGAGGCCAAUCUGGUCUGUAUCACUCAGACCUGGGUGGGUGAGCAGAGUGGAAUACUCAGGGCAGCAUCAGGGCAGACUAGAGUUGGGGAGGAGGAGUUCCUGUUUUAGCAACACCUGGCAAGCUGUUUUAAAUCCCAACUUUAGGAUUUCAGAGUACCUUGCACAUGAUGUCAAAUAUCCAUGCCUUCCAUAAAUCUGUGUUUAUGAUCUACAGAUCUAGUGCUUGUCAACAGUGCAGAAAAUAUUGAUCCAGUAAAACUGCUAGCACAUUUGCAAAGCUAAGCAGGGUCCAGUAUGGUUUAAAAUUGGAUGGGAGGCUGUGUUGAGAUUCCAGCAUUGCUGGGGGUUGGACUAGAUGACUCCCAGGAUCCCUUCCAGCUCUACAGUUCUAUGAGUCUAUUUACCAUCAUGAAUUUUACUUAGGAUGAUAUGAAAACCAACAAAUCACAGAACACAUUCAUAGACACAAAAUUGAUGGUGUUUUUCUGAGGAUCACUUGUAGAAACUAUAAUGAUCUGUCUGGAUCUGUGCCUCAGAUCCAUGUUUGUUUGUUUUUUGUAUCAUGGCAGUGAUGGCAAACACAUGGUUCAGUCAGUGGAGACAGAUGUGAUCUGUAAUUUCAUGGUUGGGGCGGGGAGUGAGAGAAGGCCCUUUAGGGGAAAACAAUGCCAUUUCAAUAGGACCUUUUCUUUUCUGUAUCUCCUGCCCCUCCCACACUGUGCUUUCCUCUCUCCUCUCAGAUUGCUCCCCUUUCCCUCCUAGUCUCUCAGCCAUUUUACCUUUUCUUCAGCUGCCAAAGUGCCGGUCUGAAUUUUGAAAAAUGCAUAGAGGUGAAAGAGGAAGUUGCAGAGAGCAUCACUCUUUCAGCUCUACGUACUUUUUUUGGGUGGGUGUGUACGUUGGAUAAUGACCUUUGCCAUAUUUUGUGGGAGGCAGGACUCAGAAAGUUUUCAGGUGCUAUAAGGGCAUGACACUAGUGACCCCAAAAGUUGAUGAAUGGGAACUGUGAGAUAGACCCCUCAUCCAACAAUCCACACCUAACAAAUUGAGGAAGGAGGAAUCAGGUGUGCUUGACUGCCUGCUAGGAAAAGGAGCCCUAUAUUUCAAAUAUUGAGGAUAGUGACUAUGAGAGCAGUGGUUUUCUACAUGGGAUGGCACUGACUGCUGCUUGACGUCUUAACAUUCGAUGUUCAGAGCUGCUUGGCAGUUGAUAUAUUGCCAAUAUAAGAAUACGUAUUUGAAGCCAUGUCGAAGAAAAGCCGCACAAAGGCAGAAAAGGACAUGGAGGCUGAAGCUGUCCAAGCAGCAGCGAAUGAGGAAUUGCGGAUGAAAUUGACAAACAUUCAGAUUGAAUAUCAGCAGGAAAAAGGCAAGGUGAGCAAACUGAGAGAGAAGCUCCAGGAAGCGAAACAAGAACGAGAACAGGAACAGCACAAACACACCGCCUACAUAUCUGAACUCAAGGCUAAACUCCACGAAGAGAAAAUGAAGGAACUCCAGGCUCUCCGAGAGGUACUCAUUCGGCAACAUGAACAAGAAGUGGCUCGUAUGGUGAAAAUCAAAGACAGUGAGAUCCAGCGAUUGCAGUCCACAGUGAAUGUCCUGCGGGACGGGGCAGCUGACAAAGUGAAAACUGCCUUGCUCAAUGAGGCCAGGGAAGAAGCCCGGAAAUCAUUUGAUGGUGAGCGCAUAAAGAUGCAACAGGAGAUACUAGAACUGAAGUCAGGGAAAAAACAGGUGGAAGAAGCCUUGAGUAACAUCAUGCAGGCAGAUAAGAUGAAGGCAGCUGACCUGCGCACAGCCUACCAGUCCCAUCAAGACGAAAUUAAUAGGAUAAAGCGUGAAUGCGAGAGGGACAUCCGUAGGCUGAUGGAUGAGAUACGAGGCAAAGAGAGAGUGAUUUUGGCUUUGGAGAAAGAUCUUGGUGUCCAGGCAGGCCAUACACAAAAGUUGCUGCUCCAGAAAGAAGCCCUGGAUGAACAACUUGUUCAAGUCAAAGAGGCAGAGCGGUUCCAUUCCAGCCCAAAGAAAGAGCUUCCUCCCUCUGUGGGAGAUAUGAUGGAACUCGUAGGAAACUCGGAGCAACAUAUGGAUGAACGAGAUGUGCGGAGAUUUCAGCUAAAAAUAGCAGAACUCAGCGCUGUAAUUCGGAAGCUGGAAGAUAGAAAUACACUUUUAGCAGAUGAAAGGAAUGAACUACUAAAGCGGUCUCGGGAGAUGGAAGUGCAGGUGAAGCCACUUGUAGAAAAAAACAGAAGGCUGAACAAAAAGAACGAGAGCUUGCUGCAGAGUAUACAAAGAAUGGAAGAAAAACUUAAGCGUCUUUCUAGGGAAAAUGUCGAAAUGAGAGAAAAGCUAUCUGCUCAGCCAACAAUGAGGAGGCACACAUCAUUGAAUGACCUUAGUAGCACACAUGAAGAACCAGAAGUUGAAUUUCUUAAAUUGCAAAUUAUAGAACAACGGCAUCUUAUUGAUGAUCUGACGAUGGAGCGGGAUCGAUGGUUACGCUCCAGGAAACAGAAGACGCAGAAUUUGAAACCCACAAAGAGGCAUGUUGUGGAGACAUUUUUUGGAUUUGACGAAGAAUCAGUGGAUUCAGAAACAUCAUCAGUAACUUCCUAUAAUACAGACAGGACUCCAGCUACACCAGAAGAAGACUUGGAAGAUAGCACCCCUAAAGAAGAAGCUGACUUGCGGUUCUGCCAGCUAACCAGAGAAUAUCAAGCUUUGCAAAGGGCAUAUGCAUUGCUCCAGGAACAGGUUGGGGGAACCCAGGAUGCAGAAAGAGAAGCAAGGACACGGGAACAACUACAAGCUGAUCUUCUCAGGUGCCAAGCAAAAAUUGAAGACUUGGAGAAAGCUCUGCUUGAGAGAGGACAGGACUCUAAAUGGAUAGAAGAAAAACAGGGGCUUAUCAGGACAAACCAAGAACUGCUAGAAAAGAUCUACAAGAUAGAACAAGAAGAAGAUCUGCUGAAGAAUGAGAUGCAGGAUGCCAAAGACCAGAAUGAGCUGCUGGAGUUCCGAAUCCUUGAACUGGAAGAGAGAGAACGAAGGUCGCCAGCUUUUAACCUCCAUAUAACUGCAUUCCCUGAAAACAAUGGAAGUGCACUUCAACUGUUUUGUCGUCACGAGGGAAUAAAGGAUGUGAAUAUUUCUGAACUUAUGAAGAAGCUAGAUAUCCUUGGUGAUAAUGGGAAUUUGAGGAAUGAAGAACAGGUUGCGAUAAUUCAGGCGGGGACUGUACUUUCUCUCUGUGAAAAGUGGCUAAAGCAAAUAGAGGAAACUGAAGCUGCCCUCACGCAGAAGAUGAUUGACCUGGAAAAUGAAAAGGACCUGUUCAGUAAACAGAAGGGUUAUUUAGAGGAAGAACUUGACUACAGGAAACAAGCCCUGGACCAGGCUUAUAUGAAAAUCCAGGAGCUGGAAGCCACCCUCUACAAUGCUCUGCAGCAGGAGCCAGGGAAGAGAGUGAGCGAAUCCCUGAAUGAGGCCCAGAGGGAGGACUUGUGCGCUGCCGUGGAAAAGGUGCGGAGACAGAUACUGAGGCAAAGUCGUGAAUUUGACUGCCAGAUUCUACAUGAGCGCAUGGAAUUGCUGCAGCAAGCACAGCAGAGAAUUCGAGAGCUAGAAGAGAAAAUUGAACUUCAGAAGCGGCAGCUCAAAGAAAUUGAGGAAAAGUUUUUGUUUCUUUUUCUGUUUUUCUCAUUAGCAUUCAUCCUGUGGUCUUGAUGAAUCUACAGCGAAAGGAUAUAUGGGUAUAAAAGGGCCUUUGGAUUGAACCAAUGAAUUUGUGUGGAAAUUUCAAAACUGUACAAGCAGUUCGAAGUCAAAGUCUCUUUAUUUUUCCUUGAUGCAGUUUGCAACUGUUUGUAUUUAUAUGUUAAGCUGUGGGCUAUUUGGGUUCCUCUAGGUAUUUUAUAAAAUUAUAGCUAUAAACUGGAAUUAUUUGAUAAGUUGAUAUAAGCCAGCACACACUAAGAAACUUAGUGCACUUUUGAGACAAGUAAAUUAUUUAUUAUUAUUUAUUAUAUUUAUAUACAAAACAAUGAAUAAAAAUGCAGGGGCCAUGAUUGACAGCAGUCUGAACUAUGUCUACCUCUGUGAGUGUUAUCGUUAGUCACCUACCUUUUUGUACCCAGUUGCAUGAUCUCAAAAGCACAGUCUUCGUUUCACAUAAAGACAUCUGCACUGGAGCUUUCAGUGCAAAGAAGCAGUGCUGGUUCAAUCUAGAGUGAGAGCUACUACAAGAACGGAACGAAUUAAAGACUGGACAUUACCAAGAAAGGGAGAAACGACUCCAGGAGGAGAGAAUGGCCAGGCGGAUCGGGGCAACUCCUGUGUUAGAAGAAGAAGAACUUAGAAGUUCUGUGAAAACUGAAAUGCUUGCAAAGAGAUUAUCGUGAUCUCAGAAACAAAAUUUAGUUUCUGGAAAGUGUUUGACUGGGGAAGUUGAGUAUUAACAACUAAAAUUCCUACUAUGAUGAAAUGAGAGAAAAAACCGCUCAGUUGAAGUUUAAGCUGUUGUGUAGUUUGGAGCUAGAAAAACUGAGGAUGAAAGAAUGAGUACUGAAAGAAACAUUUUAAGAAACACAACCUGUUAAAUAGAGCACCUUAAUGCUUCCAGGGUAGGGAAAAACCUGGCCAUAACCCCAUUUAUAUGGAUUUACAAUAUUGACCAUUUACAGUAUAUUUAAAAAGUUCUAGUCAAACAAAAAAAUGAGGAUGGGUUGGAAUAUGAAGACACACAAUGUUUGGCACAGAAGAAAAUGUGAUGUAUGUAUUUUUACAGCAUUGGUAAUAGAGAUACACUUUCUUCACCUUUAAGAAAAGUUACAAUAGCAAAAAAAUAAAAUGAUCUCAUAUUGGGAAUGUUUCUUGACGAAAGAUUGUGCAAAGAUAGCCAUAUGGGAUAUUAGGAGCAUUUCUUGGAUGAAUUCAAAUAACUUUUUGUAUCGGGUUUAAUUAGUUACACAUAAAUUUAACUCUAAUUAAAGAUGAACUGCAAAGAACAGGAUAAAUCUUCUUAGCCAUUAAAAAGUACAAAGCUAGCUAAAGGGAAAGCAAUAACCUAAAAAAAGAGUAAAGAAUCAAAUGCAAAAAUAUUUUCAUAAUACCAAUCCAGAAAUAUAGAAAAUAUGCAACAAUCAUGCUAAGUCAGAAAUGAUCUCAAAGUGGUUAAAUUCAUGUGAUGUUGGGAGAGGGGAGUGAUUUUUUUAAUUUAAAAAACUUGUUGAAAUAUCCAUCCCCCACCACCAAAGACAGAAGUCAUUAAUAUGAACUUAUUAAACCAACAACCUGCAAACUUUGAAUUGAGCAUGACCUACAUGGGAAAAGUAGGAUUGGACAACUUUAUAUUAAAAAUGGAAAAUGGAAUUAUCUAUGCAGUGGUGGAUAUAGUACAAUAACAAAUCUGCCAAGAAAUAUGUUCUUGUCACAAAAAGGGCUGUGAGAAGUAAUCUGAAAUAGUAACUCAUUGGCAGUGUUGUUCACAAGAAAAAAAAUUAGCCUUGAAUAAAGCUUAUUAUAUCAGC